AAGAAAGGAAAGGAAAGGGGGAAAAAGGGGCUGCGGACGGGAUUGCGGUCGCAGCGGCAGCGACUGCGUAUGCAGCAGUUAUGUCUACGAGAGAAGGGAGGAAGGAAGGUAGUGCAGUGGAAGGGGCUGCGAUUGUGGCAACGGCAGCGGCGGCGGUUGUGGCAGCUGCGUUUGGGAAAGAAAAAGAAGGAAUGAGAGUAAGAGAAAGCAGCUGACUGUGCCUCGAUGUUCGACACGUGGUGUAGUUGCGAAGAAAGGAAGAAAACGGGAGCACAAAACGAAACAGAGAGAGGACACGGAGGAAAAGUAGAAGGAUUUGGGCUAGCACCUUCUUUGGAUCUUCGGAUCGAAAUCCUUGAAAGGAAAGUUCCCUGACCGUUUCUCCUAUAAUUGCUCUGAUAUUUCUUAUUGCAAGUUCCCUGACCGUUUCUCCUAUAAUUGCUCUGAUAUUUCUUAUUGCAAGUUCCCUGAUCGUUUCUCCUAUAAUUGCUCUGAUAUUUCUUAUUGCAAGUUCCCUGAUCGUUUCUCCUAUAAUUGCUCUGAUAUUUCUUAUUGCAAGUUCCCUGAUCGUUCCUCCUAUAAUUGCUCUAAUCUUUCCUAUUGCAAGUAUCCUGAUCGUUCCUCACUGUCAUUUUUAUCUCUACAUUUGCUUUGAAUAUGAGGAACUUUGAAUUGUUCUAGCCUUGCAUUUGAUAUAUCUCCUGUUUAGACGUAACGAUUCGAAUCUGUGCAACUUCUGAUAUUCUGACCUUUUGAUACCGAGCUGCUUAUAAGUCUUUGUUGGAAACUCUGAUUUGUUCAAAAUUGAUUUCAUUGGAAACUAGACUCGUAGACCUUUCUUUGAUAUAUGGAUUGAAAGAUUUGGAAUCCAAACACCUAUCCAAUUAUCUGUUGAAUCUGACAUUAUGAAUUCUGCCAACAGAGAUUUUGUUCUACGACACUUGCUUACCAAAUUAUUUGUAACUCUCUCUGUUGGACAGUUCAAUUCAUAUGAAGCCUGUCUUAUCUGAAAGUAUUAUCCAAUGAUUAUUUCUGAGUAAAUUGGAGCACGAUUGAUAGUUUGAAUCAUUUGUUCAAUGUGCCUUCUGUAUUCUGCCAGAAAUCGAGCUUUGGUCGAUUUCUCAUAUUCUGGUUUCAUUCCUUUGGAAAUUGAUAUCCUUUAGCCUUCUUAUUCAAUUGAACUUUAUAUUACUGCUUUGAAUUCUUGUAUGCUCUUGUCCUUAAAAUUAUUUGCAUUCUUGAAAACUGUUGUGUAACGUUUAUGCUAUAUCGUAUUGACUCAUAUAGGCACAUGUAUAUCCUAUUGUUCCGCAUUUGCUUUCGAUAUGUGCCUAUUCCAAUUUCAUUCCUUUGGACAUUGAAUUCAUCAAAUCAUCUUAUUGAAUUGAGUUAUAUGUGAUUGCUUGGAUUCCAUAUGUGCCCUUGCUUUCAAUUCCUUUCAAAUCUGAAUAUACUUGUGAAAGAUUAUUGCUUACUUCGGAUUGACUCGUAAAGGCACAUGUACGCUUUGUUGUUCCGCGUGUGCUUCCGAUAUAUUCUGCUUAUUGUUAAAACUGCCCUUUUGUACUCUGGUGUGUGGGAUUGUCUGGACCUUUGCCAGAAAUGGUAAAGGGUAUACGCUAUUUGCCCGCUAUGUGGGGUCCCGCUAUGAGGGAUAUUCUGUUUGCGCUUGUUGCCCGCUACGUGGGUAUGUGAUUAGAGCCUGCGAUGCUCUGCCGGCCCCCUUUGACUUCACCUAGACGUGGGUGGAUGGAGCUCCCAGACGUGGGAGACUUUUGUCAGGUGGUCAUUCAGAAAUGGAUGAAUCACAUUCUGACUGAGAUCCCACUACACCCUCUAUAUGUUUGAUAUGACAUCCAGAGUUUUGGUGAGUUUGUUUCUGUUCAUACUUUGGAUAAGAUUGAUAUGAUUGCAACGUCAUGGACGACGUUUGAGCUCUUGUACGAUAUGUGUACCGAUAUGCUCUGAAAGGCUUCAUUCCCUGAUGAUUUUGUUUCGAAAUGUUCUAUAUGCCGUUGAUAUGCUUCGGAACAUUUUAUAUGCCAUUGAUAAGCUUUGAUAUGUUUCCUUUAUUUCUGAUAUGCUCCAAUUACGCUGUGCUCCAUUUGCUAUGAACUGAUAUGUUCUUAUAUGUCCUAUCUGCCAUUGAUAUGCUCCGAUUACUCUGUGAUCCAUUUGCUAUGAACUGAUAUGUUCUUAUAUGUCCUAUCUGCCAUUGAUAUGCUCCGAUUACUCUGUGAUCCAUUUGCUAUGAACUGAUAUGUUCUGAAUUGUCCUAUCUGCCAUUGAUAUGCUCCAAAUUACUCUAUGCUCCAUUUGCUAUGAGCUGAUAUGUUCUGAAAUGUCCUAUCUGCCAUUGAUAUGUUCCAAUUACUCUAUGCUCCUUUCGUUAUGGAUCAAAUAUGUUAUGAAUGACAUGAUACGUAUGAUUUGGUAUCUAUUGAGAUGGUAUCCUUGAGAAUUCUGGUAUUCUGCUUUGCAUUACGAUACCUUACUCGCUUCAAACUGUUCCUUUUGUUCUGAAUAUGCUUUGUCACUUGCUGAGCCGUUUUUGGCUCACUCCGUUGUUAUAUAAACCUUUCAGGUCAGCUUGUCACUCUUCGAGAUGUUUGAUUUGGGCUGAGGCAGUGGAUAGCUAUUCAGAAUUAUGGGCAAGUCUUGUUGGUUGUUAUGCUAUUGUUGUAUAAGUAUGUUUUGUAUGUAAUGAAAUGUUGUCGAUGAACCGAAAUGGAUAUACUAUGUCAAAGUGUUAGGAGAUCUCUCUUAUUUGGAAUUUCUGAAUGUUAAGCCUAAUUUAUAAUGAUAUGAACUUGUGGUGAAUAGUUGGAGUUCUGAUUGUAUAAAUUAUUUAGCUUGUGGAUUUAUAAAUGUUAUUCAUGUUUGUCAAGUUGGCUUGGGUUGCCAUAAAUGUGAAUUAUCGAGUGAUGUGAUAUAUGAUUAUAAACUGCACAGGUUUUAUGGAUGUGAAUAUGAAUAGAAUGUUUUCAGUGUCCUCAAACGUUAGUUUGGAUCCUGGAUUGGUCUGUGACGAAAAUUUUAAAAAUCAUGGAUAUUUUGAGGGGCGUGACAGAGGUGGUAUCAGAGCAUUGUUUGAGGAUUACUGAAAUAUUUGAUAUGUUGACGUGCAAAAUAUAUUGAGGUCUAAUGAACUAUAGUGAUUGGUGGAAAUUUUCUUUGAUGUAUUUUAGGAAUCUGGGAUGAUGAGGACAUUUGGUCCUCCUAUUUCAUUGUUUCUGAUUAAUUAAGGGGAAUGAAAGGAUUGAUUGGGGAUAUUGAAUCAGAGUGGCGUAGCGGAAGCAUGGUGGACCUAAUUUCAUUGGUGGUAGAAAAAUGAAUGAUGCAAACAGAGAAGAUAUUUGAUGUACAAAAUUGUUUUGAUGAUCAAAAGAUUUCUUUUGCCACCUUAUAUUGGAAGUAGAGGCUGAUUAUUAUUGGCAACAAUGAAAAGAAUUUUUGGAGAUCAGUGACAAGAAUGAUAAGGACAAGUUUACCAAUAAGAAUAUGAUUGGAAAUGAAUCAGAAAGUAAUGACAAGAGGGUCAAGACAUUUGGAUUUGAAAAGGAAAGUCACCACCAAAGACUUAAUCAUAUGUGAAUUACAAGUUAAAUUAUGAAACAAGUUUGUAUUUUCGGGUGAUUGGAGUCUAUUUUGCUUGUAGAAAGUUGGAUCAUAAAAUAAAAGUUUGCCCUUUGAACAAGAAGAAAGAGUCACUGCCUCCUAAAUCAUCAGCCCAUGUAAGAGUGUAUGCUAUCACUGAAUAUGAUUCUGAAACUUCUGAAUUAGUGGUCAAAGGUAUUAUGCAUGUUUAUGAAAGAAUGCAAAUAUUUGUUCGACCAUGGGUCCAAUCUACGAUUUGAUUCGUAAUAUUUUGCUUAUCACUUGGGUAUUCAACCUAGACCACUACAUUAUGUGCUAUAAGUAAAUACGAUCAUUGGAGAUUCUUUGAUAACGAAGUUGAAUCUGGUCCUCUUGUCUGAUUCUUAUUGGAGAACUUGAACUUUUGCUGAUUUAGUUCUCCUAGAGAUUUGGAGUUUUGAUAUUAUACUUGGUAUGGAUUGGCUAUCUUCCUAUCAUACCAGUAUGGAUUGGUAUAUAACAAAUGAUCACUUUUUGCAUAUUUGAUCAGCCGAUCUUUUAUUUUGAGAGUAUUGGACAUUAUUUAUCUCCUUGCCUAAUGUAUCCCAGGAUGACUUGUUUGGAUUACCUCCAAAUGUGAUUUUGCUUUUGAUUUGGUCCUUGGGACAAUCCUAAAAUCUAAGCCUCUCUACAGAAAGAUAUCAUUUGAGUAAGUGGAAUUAGAAAAGCAACUACAAGGAUUAUUAAAUGAGGAUUUUAUUUGGCUUAAUAUUUCAUCAUGGGGUGCUCCGGUGUUAGUUAAAAGAUGGAUGGAACAUUGAGGCUUUGUAUUGAUUAUAGAUAGUUGAAUUAGGUGACCAUCAAAAAACGAGUAUUUUCUAAAGUGACCACUUGUUUGAUUAACUGCAAGGUGCACAGGUAUUUUAAAAGAUUGUUUGAAGGUCGGGUUACCAUCUAUUGAGGAUCAAGGAGGAGAAUAUUUCGGUCACUCUUGGAUAAUUAUGUAAUUGUAUUGUAUUGAUGAAACUAUUUAAGAGUAGGAGGAGGAAAUAAAGAUAUCAUAAUCCUCAUCUUUUCAUCGAUUGAGCUAUGAUCAAUUUAGAGGACUAAAUUUUCUUUUAAGGGGGAGAGAGUGUAAUAUCCCUCGCUUUUAAAAAUUAUUAAUAAAGAUUUAUUUAUAAAUCGGAGGACCUAUAUGUAAAUAUAGAAAUUUCAAAAACUAAACUGUUAAGUUGUAAAAAGAAGUAAAUAAAGAAAAAUCGAAAAUUUCGGUUUUAUCCCACCGCCUCCCACGUACUCUCUGUUUCUUCGAGAAACAGAGAGGAGCGAUGGGGCAUGAGGAGUGAAGAAAAGAAGAAGAAGAGGGAAAAGAAGAGAGGAGGAAGAAGAGAGGAAGAAGAGGGAGAAGAGAAGAAGAAGAAGAAGAGGAGGUGGCUGCAGCGAGGGCUGCAGCGAGGAGCUGUGGGGCGUGGGGAGAAGAAGAGAGGAAGAAGAGGGAGAAGAGAAGAAGAAGACGAAGAAGAAGAAGAAGAGAGGAGGAUAGCUGCGGCAAGGCUGCAGCGAGGAGGUGUGUGGCUUUGGGGAGGAAAAGGGAAGAGGAGAAGAAGAGAAGGAGAAGAAGAGGGAAAAGAGAGGCAGCUGCAGCAGCCAGGGCUGCAGCACCUCUGUUUCCCGCAGGUGGAAACAGAGGAGAGGAUGUGUGGGGCGUUGAGGAUGAAAAGGGAAGAAGAAGAAGAAGAAGAAGAAGAAGAAGAUAGCUGCGGCAAGGCUACAGCGAGGAGAUGUGUGGCCUUGGGGAGGAAAAGGGAAGAGGGGAAGAGGAGAAGAAGAAGAAGAGGAAGAGAAAGAGGUGUGAUACCUCUGUUUCCUGCAGAGGAAACAGAGGAGAGGGUGUGUGUGACGCCGGGGAAGAAGGGGCUGCAGCUGCGGCGAUGGCAGCUGCAGCUGGAAGAGAAGAAGAAGAGGAAGAUGAGCAGGGGAGGAGGGAGAGGUUGCGGCCGUGGCUGCGGCCGCGACUGCAGCAGUUGCAGCGGGGAGAGAAGAAGAAGAAAGGAAGGAGAAGGAAGAGGAGAAGGGAAAGAAGUAGCUGCGGCUGCGGUUGUGGCAGCUGCAGCUAUGGCAGGGAAAGAGGAAGAGAAAAAGGAAAGGAAGAAGAAGAGAAAGGGAAGGAGAGGAAGAAGAGAGGAAGAGGAGAAGGGGCUGCGGCUGCGGCGAUGGCAGCUGCAGCUGUGGCAGGGAAAGAGAAAAAGGAAAGGAAGAAGAAGAGAAAGGGAAGGAGGGGAAGAAGAGAGGAAGAGGAGAAGGGGCUGCGGCUGCGGCGAUGGCAGCUGCAGCUGUGGCAGGGAAACAGAAAAAGGAAAGGAAGAAGAAGAGAAAGGGAAGGAGAGGAAGAAGAGAGGAAGAGGAGAAGGGGCUGCGGCUAUGGUGAUGGCAGCUGCAGCUGUGGCUGGGAAAGAAGAGAAGGAAAGGAAGAAGAAGAGAAAGGGAAGGAGAGGAAGAAGAGAGGAAGAGGAGAAGGGGUGGCAGCUGCGGCAGUGGCAGCUGCAGUUGGAAGAGAAGUAGGAGAGGAAAUAGAGUAGCAGAGGAAGAAGAGGCUGCGGUUGUGGUGGCUGCGGCCAUGGCUGCGACUGCGACUGCGGCAGUUGCAGCUGGGAAAGAAAGGAGAGGAAAGGGGAUAAAGGGGCUGCGGACGGGAUUGCGGUCGCAGCGGCAGCGACUGCGUAUGCAGCAGUUAUGUCUGCGAGAGAAGGGAGGAAGGAAGGUAGUGCGGUGGAAGGGGCUGCGAUUGUGGCAGCGGCAGCGGCGGCGGUUGUGGCAGCUGCGUUUGGGAAAGAAAAAGAAGGAAUGAGAGUAAGAGAAAGCAGGUGACUGUGCCUCGAUGUUCGACACGUGGUGUAGUUGCGAAGAAAAGAAGAAAACGGGAGCACAAAACGAAACAGAGAGAGGACACGGAGGAAAAGUAGAAGGAUUUGGGCUAGCACCUUCUUUGGAUCUUCGGAUCGAAAUCCUUGAAAGGUCAGCUUGUCACUCUUCGAGAUGUUUGAUUUGGGCUGAGGCAGUGGAUAGCUAUUCAGAAUUAUGGGCAAGUCUUGUUGGUUGUUAUGCUAUUGUUGUAUAAGUAUGUUUUGUAUGUAAUGAAAUGUUGUCGAUGAACCGAAAUGGAUAUACUGUGUCAAAGUGUUAGGAGAUCUCUCUUAUUUGGAAUUUCUGAAUGUUAAGCCUAAUUUAUAAUGAUAUGAACUUGUGGUGAA